CAAACCACACAUCCCACCACACGACUCCCGCGACCGAGCGGAGCGGAGCGUCUCGCUCGCCCAUGCUUCUCCUCGCCCCCGCCCCGCCGGCGGCGGCCGCCGGCCGGCGAGCCGCCCCACGGACCCCCGUCCGCUGCUCGAGCGUGCACGAGCUGGAGCGGUCCCCUCCGGCUCGCCCGGGCGCGUCGCUCCCGCCGCUGCGGGCGGCGAAGCGGGUGGUGCUGGUGCGGCACGGGCAGAGCACGUGGAACGCGGAGGGCCGCAUCCAGGGGAGCUCCGACGCCUCCGUGCUCACGCCCAAGGGGGAGUCCCAGGCCGAGACCUCCCGCCAGAUGCUCCUCGCCGACUCCUUCGACGCCUGCUUCACCAGCCCGCUCGCGCGCUCCCGCCGCACCGCCGAGAUCAUCUGGGAAGGGCGCGACGACGACCUCAUCCCGGACUCCGACCUCCGCGAGAUCGAUCUCUACUCUUUCCAGGGACUGCUGAAGCAUGAAGGGAAGGAGAGGUACGGGGUUGUGUACCGGCAGUGGCAGAAGAAUGCGGCCAACUUCAGCAUCGACGGGCACUACUCAGUCCGGGAGCUGUGGGACCGCGCACGGAGCUGUUGGGAGAGGAUUUUAGCACACGAGGGCAAGUCAGUGCUUGUGGUUGCACACAAUGCAGUGAACCAGGCGCUCGUUGCCACUUCUUUGGGACUUGGUGCCGAGUACUUUCGGGUUCUACUCCAGAGCAAUUGUGGCGUUAGUGUGCUGGAUUUCACCCCAAAGACUGGCGGAGGUCCUCCAAAUGUUUGUCUUAACCGCUUAAAUCAGACCCCAAAUUCUCCUGUUGCUGCUGGAAGUUCUGGUGGAAGAAAGACUAGCAAGAGGAUCAUUCUGGCCUGUCAAGGAACUACGCAGAGCAGUUCUGAGGUAUAUGACUUUUAUCGUAUGUGCAUGUGUUCUCUGAUCUACACCAUUCAUUGCUUUGUGUUGCAGAUUAGUCUAGGUGGAAUGGGAUAUGUACCACUGAACAUGCUUGGGACUAUACAGUCUCAGAAGACUGCAGAACUACUUCUAGAUCUGAAGGUGAACAGUAUUAUCUAUAGCCCACAAGUUGCAUCUGUUGAUACUGCAACUGCUAUAUGCGAGGUCCAAGAGGCGGCAGAUUGCUUAGGUGCUGAUUGUGUGCCUCGUUAUGUGGAAAUGAAGAACUUGCUAGAACUUCAAAUUGAUGAUGCCUUUCAAGCAAAGCAAAAGAGCUUUGGGGAAAUAGUUCAAUCAGGCUGGAUGGGCAGCAUGGAAUACAAAACACUAGAGCGACUGUGGGCUCAGUCCAAGGAUGCGUGGCAAGCCUUGCUAAAUGAAUUGCCGGAUGAUAGUGAGUCGGAUCGAGUUGUUGUGGCCGUAGGCCAUCCAGCCAUUCACCUUGCUCUGAUCUGUCGAUGCCUCGAUUUGCCAAUGGAGUACAUGUCAUCUUUCCAUCUAGACGAUGGAAGCAUCAGCGUGAUCGAUUUUCCAGAUGGACCUAAAGGAAGAGGCGUUGUCAGAUGCACAAAUUACACAGCCCAUCUCGGAAGAUGGUCAAUACCUAUUACGCGGCCAACCGAAAAUGAUGAGGAGUUCUAACAUUCUUGAAGGUAACGUUUUCCGUGUUAAUGUAUAUAGCAUCCUUCAGAAACACACACGUGUAAAUAUCUUACAUUGAUGUACGUAUAUCUUAAUCUCAAUAUGACAAUGUCUGUGUACAUAAAAAAUGUAUACGUGCUCAGUUGAAAAAAGAUCUCCAUGUUUCUGCUGCCC